GUUGGCUGAUUAAGCCAUGAUGGCAGAGCAUGUUGAGUUUAAGUCUUCACUAUGUGAAGAGAAUGAAGCAACCCAGCCUUUGAGAGAAUUAUCAACAUUUACACAGACUGUUGAAGAAUACACUACAAUGGCGCCCUCUUUUGGUGAUGAGAGGUCAUUUUUGGGUGAAGGUCCUGCCGCGGGAAACACUUCUCCAUCCUCUCAGGAUAAGAGAAUGAUUGAUGAGAAAAUAUCUCCCAUUGAAAACCAACUUCAGUACUUGCUGAACAAGGCAGAUGAGCUUCAAACACAGCUUUUGUUGAGCCAAGAGUGCCUUCAGAAUUAUGAGUUUGUCCAUAUUGUCCCAACGUUUCUGCAAACUUGUCAGUCAUACUUCACUUACUUGGAGUCCACAGCCAGAAACUCCAACCCCUUCCGCCCGCCUCUGUCCACAUAUAUUCGCACACAGCUUUUGCAGUUCUCUCAGCAACUGUGUUCUCGUCUGGAACAGCUGAUGUUGCUAUACGCCUCCUUCAGUUUCGUCUCACUGGAUGAAUCUGAUCCACUGAGUAUCUCACACUUCUAUAUUGGCCAGUGUCAAAUAGACAACAUGAAGCUGUCAAUCUUCCGAUACUGUUGCCCCACCCCCUUUCUUGCCACAGCCAGUACUGGGCUACACAAGCGUAUGCGCUGGAAUGUGGAGCGAGAGAUACAGGGAGGAGAAGGAAAGACGUUUGACAGUGCAGAGUUUUACUUUCUGUGCUGCGAGGAUGUCAUUGAGGCACAUGAGGAUGAGGAUGGAGAGGGAACAUGCGAGGGAGAAAAUACAGAGAGAGAGAAAAGAGUGGCAAGGAUUUGGUCUAUCGGCCGGUGGGUCCAGACGUACCCUGACCCCGAGGACAUCAUUGAAUGGGUGUUGUGUUCAGUCCCUUGUGGUCAGUACAAGCACCUGUUGUGUCUGGGAAUUGAAGAGCCUUCAUCCUGCACUGCCACAGACUACCUGCUGGGGGUGCUGCUGUCUCCAGAGAUAGAUGGUACAUUUGAAGUUCAAAUAUGAGGUUGUGUUUGCUCAGGACCUCACCCAUUCUGGAAAGAGCGUUUGGUUUAUUGAAAUCAGAUGGGUAACAGAAUACAGAUAGCAGUUGUAAAUCCAAAAUCUGUAGAUCUUUCAAAAUAACCAUUUUAUAGUUCAUGGCUAUUGUUAAUGUUGUUCUGAAAUGUCAAUUUGUUUUAAGUUAAAUGAUGAAAAGCUCAUUAAGCGGAGUCAAAGUUCAAGAUUAAAUGUCAAAACAACUUUAUUUUUUUCAUGAAAGCAUUAAAAUACAGUGGCCGUCCAAGUUACAAAGUCCAGAAAUAAAACCUGCUGGCAGUCCUCCUGGCCCACUGCCUACUUUUCUCUAUAAAACAAAGAAAUAAAACAAUCCUUUCUUUCAAAAUAAUAAAUUACAAAAAUAUACACAAUAAAAGUGGGGAAAUGUACCAUUGAGAUACAGUUAUUGUAAAACAUGGUAGAGGGAAGAGCAUUAUGAAUAACAUUGUUGUAUUCCUUCAUUUUUUUAUUGUAAUUCAGCCCAGUCAGAGAUAGAGUGUUGUGUUCAGUGCAUUAGUAGUACUGCUGGUUUUUGUCUCCAUACAGUAGCUUUCCCUGUACAUUUUUUGUAAAGUGAUAUGUCGAGUUUUAUACAACAGUAGCUCAGCCAAAAUACAGUGAAAGUCAAUCUACCUGGAAUCCCUGUGUGUGUUCCCUGAUUAAAAUGCAAAGUGGUUCCUU